GGGUGACGUCACGGGCGGGGAGUGACGUGCCGGUGGCGCGGGCCGCUAGGAGCAGGCUGGUUCGGGUGCCCCCUCCCCCUCCCGCUACGGGUCGCGGCUGGGGGCGGCCCGGCUCCCCUGUCCCCUCCCUCCCGCGCCCGGGCGCUCCGAGCCAAGAUGGCGGCGCUGAGCAGCGGCAGCAGCGCCGAGGGGGCCUCGCUCUUCAACGGGGACAUGGAGCCUGAGCCGUCGUCCGCCGGGCCCUGCUGCGCGGGGGGCAGCGCCGAGCCGCCUGUGCCCGAGGAGGUAUGGAAUAUCAAACAGAUGAUUAAAUUGACACAAGAACACAUAGAGGCGCUGCUAGACAAGUUUGGAGGAGAGCAUAACCCACCAUCAAUAUACCUAGAGGCCUAUGAAGAAUACACCAGCAAACUAGAUGCUCUACAGCAGAGAGAACAGCAGUUGUUGGAAUCUAUGGGGAAUGGAACUGAUUUCUCUGUCUCCAGCUCUGCUUCAACAGACACAGUUACUUCUUCCUCCUCUAGUCUCUCUGUAGCACCUUCAUCCCUUUCAGUUUAUCAGAACCCCACAGAUAUGUCAAGGAAUAACCCUAAGUCUCCCCAGAAACCUAUCGUUAGAGUGUUCCUACCCAACAAACAGAGGACUGUGGUUCCAGCAAGAUGUGGGGUGACUGUCCGGGAUACUCUAAAGAAAGCUCUGAUGAUGAGAGGUCUUAUCCCAGAGUGCUGUGCUGUUUACAGAAUACAAGAUGGAGAGAAGAAGCCAAUUGGCUGGGAUACUGACAUUUCCUGGCUCACAGGAGAGGAGUUGCACGUGGAAGUCUUGGAGAAUGUGCCGCUUACCACACACAAUUUUGUACGAAAGACAUUUUUCACUUUAGCGUUCUGCGACUUCUGUCGAAAACUGCUUUUCCAGGGAUUCCGAUGCCAGACUUGUGGUUAUAAAUUUCACCAGCGCUGUAGUACAGAGGUCCCACUGAUGUGUGUUAAUUAUGACCAGCUUGAUUUGCUGUUUGUCUCCAAGUUCUUUGAACACCAUCCGAUAUCGCACGAGGAGGCCUCCUUAGGAGACACCAACCAAGCAUCUGGAUCGUACCCCUCUGUGCCCCCCUCAGAUUCUGUUGGACCACCAAUUCUCCCUAGUCCUUCUCCUUCAAAAUCCAUUCCAAUCCCACAGCCCUUCCGACCAGCAGAUGAAGACCAUCGGAAUCAGUUUGGGCAACGGGACCGCUCUUCUUCAGCACCCAAUGUGCACAUCAAUACAAUAGAGCCUGUCAAUAUAGAUGACUUGAUUAGAGACCAGGGGUUACGAGGAGAGGGAGGUUCAACCACGGGCUUGUCUGCCACACCUCCUGCCUCAUUGCCUGGGUCCCUCACCAAUGUGAAAGCAUUACAAAAGUCCCCAGGACCACAGAGAGAAAGAAAGUCAUCCUCAUCUUCAGAAGAUAGGAAUAGAAUGAAAACCCUUGGUCGACGGGACUCAAGUGAUGAUUGGGAAAUACCAGAUGGACAGAUUACAGUUGGGCAAAGGAUAGGGUCUGGAUCAUUUGGAACAGUCUACAAGGGAAAAUGGCAUGGUGAUGUGGCAGUAAAAAUGUUGAAUGUUACAGCACCCACACCUCAGCAGUUACAGGCCUUCAAAAAUGAAGUAGGAGUGCUCAGGAAAACAAGACAUGUGAAUAUCCUACUCUUCAUGGGUUAUUCAACAAAGCCACAGCUGGCUAUUGUCACACAGUGGUGUGAAGGCUCCAGCUUGUAUCACCAUCUACACAUCAUUGAGACCAAAUUUGAGAUGAUCAAACUCAUUGAUAUUGCACGGCAAACUGCACAAGGCAUGGAUUACUUGCAUGCCAAGUCAAUCAUCCACAGAGACCUCAAGAGUAAUAAUAUAUUUCUUCAUGAAGACCUCACAGUAAAAAUAGGUGAUUUUGGUCUAGCCACAGUGAAAUCACGAUGGAGUGGGUCCCAUCAGUUUGAACAGUUGUCUGGAUCUAUUCUCUGGAUGGCACCAGAAGUAAUUAGGAUGCAAGAUAAAAACCCAUAUAGCUUUCAGUCGGAUGUAUAUGCAUUUGGGAUUGUUCUUUAUGAACUGAUGACUGGGCAGUUACCGUACUCGAACAUCAACAACAGGGACCAGAUCAUUUUUAUGGUGGGACGAGGAUAUCUGUCUCCAGAUCUCAGUAAAGUUCGAAGUAAUUGUCCAAAAGCCAUGAAGAGGCUAAUGGCAGAGUGCUUGAAAAAGAAGAGAGAUGAGCGACCCCUUUUUCCUCAAAUACUUGCCUCCAUUGAGCUUCUGGCCCGGUCAUUGCCAAAAAUUCACCGCAGUGCAUCUGAGCCCUCGUUAAACCGGGCUGGUUUCCAGACGGAGGAUUUUAGUCUGUAUGCUUGUGCUUCUCCAAAAACACCCAUCCAAGCAGGGGGAUACGAGCGGUUUUCCUCACGAGUGCUGUGCCAGCAGGACCACAAUAUUGGGAAAAAUCAGUGCAUGUAUUCUUACAUGUAUUGUUUAACUACGCUUGUUAACCAUAGCUAAGUCCUUAAGGAGACACUGUGCUGAAAUGUCAUGUUCCAUGUUCUUCAUUCUGUAGGCUUGGCAUACGAAAUGAAUUCAGUCUUGGAAAGCACUGACAUCCUUAAGACAUCAGUUGUUUUAGGAAUAAAGAAUCUGAAAGACAGAAUCUAUUGUCAUAUGUCCAGACAAUAAAACAUUCUCACAAAGAAUGUUUUCAGCUGUCAUUCUUGGGGCUUUUCACUCUAUCCAGGACCUAUGCAAAAUCAACAUCCAACUGCUCGUGGUUUCUUUGGGGACCUUGUCCCUACUCCCAGAACUGUUUCAGGAUCUUCAUUUCUUUUCUAGAAGCUUAUUUUUAUACCUUAACAUGGCAAAAAGUACAGGAAGCCUCUUAAACUUAUGGUGAGAAACAAACCAUAAAAGAUAUUAGUCCUUGGGCUAGUUGUUGCUCCAGGUUAUAUUUGCCAACCCUAAAUCCACAAAGUUAAGCACCUAACUGCCAUUGAUUUCAAUCGUAAUUUCAGUAAGAAUUAGAUACCUAAAUAGGAUUUUGCCACCAUAGCACUUUUUUGGAUAUGGGACUUAGUUAUAUCUGUGCUAGAAGGUCCAAUAAGAUUUUUAUCUACACAGGUGAAGCAAGAUGGAAAGCUGCAUUUUUGGCACCUCCCUUCCCCCUCCCCUCUCCACCCCCCCCAUCACAAGUCUGUGAAUUAAGUACCUCUGCCAGCUUGGCUAUUAAACAAGUCACCCUUCAUUUCUAGGGGAGCUCACAUUAUGCCAGUAAGUUCUCAACCCCUGAAGGUGCAUAUUUACCAGACUACAAUCUUGCAUCCUUUUUAGACUUAGAUUUUUUAAAUCUCAUAUGCUGUCUAGGAAAAGAAGCUAGGCUUCUUUUAAAAUAUAAAUAUAUCGCUGUUUGGCCAGAUCUAGGCUUCCCCUCUUAGUAUGUCCGUAUGGAGGACCAAUAUACAAACAAAGUCAAGUGCUAAUUCUCAGCCACUGCCUCUUUUAGGUGUUAACAGUUGUGGUUGUUCAAGUUAAUCCCCACCUUUCUAAUGCAGCCUUCUCUGAAAUACAGAGAUACGUCAGAAUUACAUGUUACUUAGCCAAAGGCGUCCGAGUGUGAUAUAGAGGUUUUCCUCUCAAUAGAUCAUGCAUUCUCUACUGUGAUGGAAAUGUAGGUAUGGAACCUUGAAGGGAAUGACACUCUCAGAUAGUGGUAGAUCAGAACUAUAGUGUAAGAAGCACAUCUAGGAUUUUGAAAUUAUGUAUCACUAUCUGAGAGUAUGUAUGUUCUUUGGAGAGAUCAAGAAUCCUGACUACUUGUACACCUACCUGUUAAGAGUUGAAGACCUGUAAACUGCUUUUCAACUCCAUUCUUGCAGGAAAGGGGGCAGCUAGUAUAUACUCUGUGGUCGUAUGGACACCUUUUCAGAGUAGUUUUUAGAAACUGCAUUUGAAACAGUGAAUCCAUCUGCUGUGCAUCAGACAAGCAUGAAAAUGCCUUCAUAGAUUCAUAGAUGUUAGGGUCGGAAGGGACCUCAAUAGAUCAUCGAGUCCGACCCCCUGCAUAAGCAGGAAAGAGUGCUGGGUCUAGAUGACCCCAGCUAGAUGCUCAUCUAACCUCCUCUUGAAGACCCCCAGGGUAGGGGAGAGCACCACCUCCCUUGGGAGCCCGUUCCAGACCUUGGCCACUCGAACUGUGAAGAAGUUCUUCCUAAUGUCCAAUCUAAAUCUGCUUUCUGCUAGCUUGUGGCCAUUAUUUCUUGUAACCCCCGGGGGCGCCUUGGUGAAUAAAUACUCACCAAUUCCCUUCUGUGCCCCCGUGAUGAACUUACAGGCCUUAGCCAAGUCCAAGUCAAAAAGGGACCGUCAUAAAUGGUCAUUCAAAUUUUCUGAGGCAUUUGGAAAUGGAUUUGUUCAUUGCAUGUCAAAGCCAGUUCUGUUUGAGGGUAGGCAGAGGUGGUCCAAACUACACAUUUGAAACUGUUCUUCUGUGGUAAGGAAAAACUUCUUUUUAUUUAAACCUAUCGAGCACUAAGAUUUAAAUCAAAAUGUUCCUAUUCAUGCAGGGCACUUCAGAAUUAUGGUGCUAACUGAAUAUUAACAUUCACUCUUUCCUGGAGUGAAGAUCUUGUGUCCUUGCAGAUUGUAGAACCCCAUCUCAGCUUACUUCAACUGACAGCAUGUUUCCUGGGCUUUGAGAGGAGGAUGGUGGCUUGUCUGAGUUCAAGCGAUUCCUACAAGCAGGGCUUCUCAUGGCAGAGAGAGUAGGGAGUUUGUUUUCCAUGUGUGCAAUGAUGAAAUAAAGGAAUUGCCUCCUUACUGCCAACUACUGCUCAGUAAGGUUCUGUGGACACAUGGCUGGACAGAUGACUCCUGCAGUAUGGAUGUGUAAAGCCAUUUGCCAGAGAACAAGACCUGUUGCAUCUUUUUAUAUACAGUGUCAAAUUUUAGGGAAAAACGAUUAGAUUACUUCCCACUACAGGGGAUGGUGGGGCAUCUAAACUCGCUUGUUAAGAUUCAAUCUGAGAUCAGAUUUACCCCAGAAAGUUAAAAGAUCAGCCAGUUAGAAAAGUAACUUCACUACACUUAAGACAGACUGAAAUAAUUACUUUUUUUUUGCAUCUGCCCUGUGUCAUUACUAACUGAAAUACUUUGACCUCUCUUGGGCCUGUCAUCAUCUUCUUGUUCUUGGUUUUCCUUUCAUUUUCUGAAAUCCCUAAACAACAAUUAAAAGCUGAACUUGUUAGCAGGAAUGGGCAGAAGGACAAGUUGAGUAAUGAGGGAGCUAUCUCUUGUUUAUAAAUUAAACUUUAAUUAGAAAUUUAGGAAGUAGUUUGAAAAGUAAAUUAAGUAGAACAUGUUUAGGACGUGUGGCUAAGCAUGAAUGUCAUUCUUCAAAAUAAGUCUCUGAGGUAAUAUUUUAUUUUCCCAUUUCUACCUUUUAAACAAGUACAAAACACAAAACCUUGAGCUUUCUAGUAAGGGAUGACAAGUUAGAUGAGAGAGCGGCAAGAAUAUACACUUUUUCUAGUAUAUCAGAUUACAGGUUUUCUCAGUUUGCAGGGCUACUAAACUAUUACCACAGUACCCUGGAUAUGUGGAUAAAUACUUUAAUAGGAUUACCUUUCAGUUCUGUGCAUCUACAAAGUACUGGAACUACCAAAGAACAUGCUUCUACUUCCAUGUUUGUUAUGUUGCCAGAUUACAGGAACACUGCAAAGCUGAUCAGAUACCAAAGUUGACUAACUUUAAAUUGUUAUAACUGGGUAUGAUGCUGUCCAGACAGUUCUCUUCCUCUUGUGCCUACCCCUGCCCCCCUCAAUCCCUCUUCUCACUUUAAAUCAACAGUUGCAUUGCUGGAAGAUUUGAAGGGGAGCAGUGAUUAGAGCAUUGCUAUAAUGUCUGUAUUGCUGUUCUCUAGGUGAAAUUUGUUUCUGUGCAGAGGGCUGGAAUAAUGCCUAUAUACUACUGGAGACCCAGUUUAACCCCUUUUAAAACCUUAUUUGAAGGCUUGUGCAGUACAUAGGAGUUAUGAUGCCCCUCUGCACAGAAUGAAAUGUCACCCUUCAAGUUUAUUGCUGUUCUGGCAUCAUCUAGGAUGUGGAUGCACAGAAAAGUACAAUAAUUUAUAGAAGCCAUAUUGGAAUUUUGCCAAAUGAAGGAUGACAGAAAUUCUACUGAAGGAUUUACUCUCCAGUUGGUAAAGGAGUAGUUUGGAAAAAUUAUAAACACUGUGAAACUUUCUGCAUUGGUUCUACUUAAAAUGCCACCACCAACAAGCAAGAUGCAUGUUUAUUAGUAAUUUACAAUAUGCCACUUGGCUCUCUCUUCCUGUAGGUAUCUGAGCCUAAUACUUUUUCUGUAUCCCAACCCCCUUCAUUUAGAGACCUUGAGCCACCCACUUCCCAUAACCCUUUUUUCCUAUCUAAGACCUUCUAGAGACUCUCAUAUGCUCUGGCUUCUUUAUAUGCUCCUGUGCCUUUUAUAGCAUGUGCUUUGCUAUACAAAACUAUUUCUACCAGACUCUAUAUGCACUUUCCCUGUUCUCAUGGAGGCUCCUAGUCAAUUUUCUUGGUUCCUUCUUCUGUAAAACAGGCCAUUUUACCCCCGGUGGCAAACCAAGUGUCAUUUUAAACUGAACUAAUGUAAAUUUUUCAAAGCUAUUUGUGAAUAUUUCUGAUUUGUUUCUGAUGAUCUGAGUAUAAAUAUUAGAAUGUACUACAUGUUCUUUUUCUUUAGAUGAUAUGGACUGUUUUAGAGUUGAUUGGAAGGACACCAAGAUAGAGUGGUCAUUUGAAUGUAACAAUAUCCUAGUGCCUUUGCUAAGCAGACCAAAGACUAUGUCCUAUGCAUUUCCCAAUCAGCCUUUAUUAUAAUUGAGUUUUGAAAGUUCCUUUGUUUGGUAUCAUCUUCCAGGAAGGGGCAUGAUUACCCCCAAAACAAUAUGGGAAGCUAGCAUGGAGACUGUAACCUGGUUUCUUUUCCUCACUUGUAGGGCAUCCUAGUGAUUUGGGAAAGGGAGAUAUUGUGGCUUCAAUUGUAUUGGUGGGGAGGAUAGCCUGUAGGCUCAAACAUGGGUUUAGAGAGGAGUAUAUGGGGUUUGGGUUCUGUUCUAGGUUCGGUCACAGACUUCCAGAAUGACUACAGGCAACAGUCUUAAUCACCGUGCCUCAGCUUUCUCAUCUUUGAAAUGGACAUAAUCACUUACCUCAUAGGUUGUUGAGGCUUGAACAAAACAUGUAUGUGAAGGGAAAUUGUCAUCUUGUGGGAGGGCACUAUAUAAAUGUAUAUUGCAUAUUAAAUGAUUCCAGAAUAGCUUUUGGGGCUUGUUUCAAAGCCAAGGUAAAUCAAGUACUGAUUCUUGUGCUUCCCAUGUUUAGUGCAUACAUAUACUACAAACAGUCUACUUUUUGAGCUAGUGAGAAUUCACAAACUUACGUCUGAUUUUUUUUUUUCCCUAUGAUCUUGGUUUAUAAAUUAGUUUACAAUGUAUUUUAAUCCUGGUUUAAUAAUUAAAGGAACUUGAAUGUGUAAUAUUUAAUGGUUAACAUGUAAUCAGAAUAGUUCUGUUGUUAAAUCAGUUUUCAGUCAGGAUAGAAACUAGUUUACAGUCUGACACUGAGCACCCAAACUGUCACUUAUGACAGUUGUCACUUUCCAGCAAGGGACAUUAAUCUGAAGGUAAGAAGCUUAGAAAUUAAAUUCAAAUGAAACUUUUAAAUUUUAAAACGCUUGAUGAAAGACCCUUCCCACGAACUUUCAGACCUCUGCUCUGGGCCAGUGGUCACAGCUUGCUUUUAAGAAAUCUUACUUCCAUAAAAUAAGUUCUGAAGACACUUGUUGUUCUGUCACUACAGUUAGGAGCUUUCUGUGCCUUAACUUUUAACUGUUGCAUUUUUAAUAUCUUUGAUAUUCAGUCUAGUGUUCAACUAGACUCGAGAAUAUCUCUGUCUAGUUGAUAUUUGAGAUUUUAAACCAAGCUCUUGUCCUCCCUCUACAGGAGAAUUUGCAGCGUUCAAGUAGCCACAGCACCAUGGCAGUACCCACUCUGUUACUUAAGUCUUGUGUUCCUACAGUUUCUUAACACCAAAACUCUGUUCUGCUCCUCAAAACCUAAAGCAAUUGAGAAAAGAUAUCCAUAAGCUUGGAGUGGAGCAGAAUGGAUCUGCCAGUCCAACACAAGGGGGGAAUAUCUUUUUAGGAACCAGAAUUCUCUGCUGCCAUUUUUUCUCCUCAAUACAAAAGACCACGUGCAUUUGGAGACCUGCAGUGGCUGCCUGUACUGUUGGCAUCAUUCCCAGGAGAGUGGAGAGGGCACACAUGUUUUGACUUUGGUGCUCAGGCAUAAGGGAUGGAACUGCUGCUUUGGAUGGUCUGCUGGUCAGCUUUCUCCCUCUAAAAUGAAUCAUCAGAGGCAGAACAUCUGAUGAGAGUGCUAAUCAAAAGAAUCAUUCUCUGUUCUGAUUUUUUUCCUGGUAUGCUUUACUGAUUUAUGGGACAAGAUGCAGUAUCCCCUUUUCAUGUUACCCGAACAUCAAACAUUUCAACUGGUCUAAAUUCUUUACUUUUCCCGGUCAAAUUGGAUAUUAUGAGUGGUGGGUAGUAGCCGGGGGAAGAGGUUCAUCUGAAGGAAAAGGGGAUGCUGCUGCACCUUUUUUUCAGAUUUACUUUAUUACCUAUUUCAACUCCUACACCCUUCCCAUUUCCAGUAACUUCAUGUCAUCUUUCAGAAGGAUUAGAAAGCUCCUCCUCUUGUAGGUCCAGCAACAAACUCAAGGUAACAAAAACUGUAGCAACUUUUACUCUCUUUUUUUUUUUUGGCUUGUAUCAUCUGAUACACUGUAUCUAUCAGAGAUACUACCGCAUCCAGCGUCUGUAGAACUGUGACAGACUAUGAGUGGUGUAUGUACGUACCUAUUUUAAAAGUUUUAUUUUAAAUGAGCGUGCAGGUUAAUGCCAGGUACCUUACCAAUACAUAAUAUUUUCAUAAACAUGAAAAACAAAACAUUCUCAGGAUGAAUUGAAUGGAAAUAUUAAAAAAACAAACAAAAAAAAUAAAACAACCCCCCAAACCCUAGAAUGAGACAUUCCAAAAAUCUGUGUUUUUGGUACUUUAGAGAGCUUGUUUUUAAAGGAUUUUUAUUUUUAUCCUAAUUAAUUUUACUCGGUGUCCUCUGAUAAAUGUGUGUACAGACAUGGAACAUCUUGUCUCAGUGGCAAGUUGUUAGAUUUGAAAAACAAAAAAUAACAACGGUACUUGCUGGAUCCACACUGACCUCUUCUCUGUUCAUUGUUUUCUUCCCUUUUAAUACCCUUUCCUCCAUUUUCCCUUUUCUGCAGUUUGCAAACUAAAAUAAAGGUGGCAGUAUCCACAUUAAAUUUCCUUGUUUUCCUGUCCUCCAAACCUGGUAUCUAAAUUGUUGGUAGCUUUUUAACAAGUUACCUAGUCAGGGAAAAAAAUAAAGUUCAGCCAUUGUUUACCUCUAGUAGACUUAUUUUGUGAUGUGAUCUCUGAUAUAUGUGGUAUUAAACAUAAACUAUUUGUACUGAGGCAAGUCAAGCCAAUUAGAAAGAAAUACAGAUUCAUGCAGAAGUCUUCUAGUUCGAGGCCUAUCCCACUCUGAGGCAGGAGAACUGACCCUAUUAAUUGGCAGCUUUUCCCUUUCAUGAAUAAAAUCAUGAUGCUUAAAUGAAGGAGUUAGAUGUAUAUAAAUGUAAUGUUCCCACUAAGUACAUGUGUAUUGGUUGAAGAUGCUGCUUCUUCCUUAACUAGGAGAGUUAGUAGGGCCUUUCCUAUGUACAGAAGAGGGUUCCUGGAUGUAGGGAAGAAUACAUAUCAGUUAUGGAGUAUGGUUUUAAAACCAUGGAAUGUUAUGGUUUUACAGACAGUCUGUUACACUUAUCAAUGAAUAUUUACUGGGGUUAAGGGGACCUGAUUAAUCUGAAGUGGGAAAAUAUAAUUGAAAUACUGUGUAUUCAUAUUAAUUCCACAAACAUUAGCAAGACAGCAAUAGUGAGUGACUUUAAGUCAUUAUGAGAAUGAUACAAUUCAUGUUAGUACAUGAAUAGAAUUCAUGUGUACAGGAUACAUUUGAAAAACAAAAAAGCACAAUUUUCUUCUUCUCUGCUGUGGGUCUUCAGAUGCUGUUAGAUUUUACUUCCUUCCUGAGGUUAAUACAAAUUGAAAUGUGUGGUAGUAGUGUCUCCUUUCCAGUGUGGCGAGCGGUGGGACAUAGUCCAAUGAAAUCAUAAUGCAUUCUUGUAGCACAGUAUCAGAACACAAUAUUGUCUGCAGCAGUUGAGAACCAAGGUGGAAGGAGGCUAGGAACAGAGUUGUCAGAAAACAGUUAGGAAGUUUAGCAAACAUCACCAUCAAGACAAUGAAAAUACUGCUGCUCAGCGUUUGGGUUUUUUUCUUCCCUCUCAUUCUUCCACAUUUUUAUGGGCUGUGAGACGGAGUUUGUAAAUGUAGGGCAUGCCAGAAAUCACCUGCAUUCUUGAAAGAAAAUAUAGCUAGAGCAAGUAUGUUGUUGGUCAUUUAAAAAUGGUCAUUUCAGAGUACUUGUUAAAUAUGCUAGUUUCCCUUUCACAGUUUCAUGCUAGCGAAAGAGUACUUCUGCUAAAAUAUAGCAGUAAAGAAUUCUUUUUUGUCCUUGUUUGAAAUUGAAUUUAUUUUGCAAUGUUUUCAUUACCCAUCAGCCUACAGUAUGCUUCUUGAACCCAUAGGAAAAGCACAAGGAAAGUUGCUAUCCUUGUCUUGCAAAGCACUUUAGAAGUAACACAUGAGAGAGGUUGGGGUGUUCUUUAAUUACUUUCUCCUGAGCAAUGUGCAAACUUUUUAGCUGCUAUUUAGAGGAAUCUUUGAGGAUGCAUUUCCAUUACCUUUUCUUUUCCUUCAUAUAUUUGUAAUACUUUGUGUCUGACCAUCUGUAUUAAGGUCAGCUUAAUCCUCAUGCAGAACAUUCCAGGGAACUUGGUUUGUAAAUAAUUGGAUUUUUUUCUGUUCCUUCAGAAAUCACUAAGACUGUUGUGCAUGAAAACAGGAUAAGUCUUAAAAGGUGCCCUUCAAAUGUAUAGUAAACAGCGGGAGAGGAAGAGAUAUGAACUGAAAGCCCCAAAUAGCAGCCAGGGGGCAGGAAAUCACAAACCUAAAAAUAAGUAAAUAAACUGAGGUCCUUUGGCUAACAUCAGGCGGCUUUCAGCUCCUCUCCAAUGUUCCAGUUUGAUGCACUGGGAUAUAAUGUGCAUGUCAUGGUUUGGAAGUUUUAUUAAAUAUUUUGUAACUGUGAAAUUACCUAUACACUUAUAAGCACACUGCUUUCAGCUCUGUAAUAUCUGAGCAUACAGUAAACCUUUUCUAGAGCCACUGUUGGGAGCACCUGUAGUCCCACUCCAAGAUUUUGUGGAGUCAAUGUCCUGUCCCUGUUCCUCCACCCCCAGCACACAUGGGGAACUGGAAAGAGAGAAGACCUGUCACAUGAUCUAUCCCAUAUCCCUUUCAGUGAAAGAUUUUUUUUUUUUCUUCUCUGUACUAUAUUUCUCUGGAGCUGGAGCACCAUGGCAAUAGUAAUGCCAAGCAGUGUGAACACAGAGACUUUUAAGCAUGCUUCAGCAUUAACUAAGUGCUGACUGGCUCUAGGUUGAGCCUGGUUCUGCUGCUCCUAUUUUUCUUGAAGCUCUUGCAGGUCUUUUACGUAAUCUGCUUCUGUUUGUCUAUUUCUUACCUGAAAUCAUUUAUAUAAUACCCUGACAGUUACUGGUAUUUUGAACUAAAUUCUGCCACUGCCAUUGUACCAUGACUUCCACUGAAGUCAGUAGCAGCUGCUUUUUGCACAUUAGAAGAUAAAAUUUGGCCUGUUAUGACAUGAAAUGAAUAAACAGUAGGAGGUGUGACCUGUUAAAGAUCAUGCCUUUACACAGAUCCCUCAGAAGGAAAAAUGCACUGAAGAUCAUACACAAAUAUGCUUUUGUAUUUGUAUUGGUCUGAAAACAUAUGGAUUGUAUUACAGAACACUUGGACAACAAGGAGCCCCCUCUUUACUCAAAGGCCCCUAAAACCUUGGGCUUUAAUAUCUGUGCAAAGCAUCAGUAGCUCUUCAAGAUGUCAGUGGAGUGGAGGGUUGAAUUAGUGAGCAAACAUUUUGCACCUUUCCAGCCUAUAGGUUUCUAUGGAGUAUUUCCUCCUUGACUGCGAGAGCAGUUUCUGUAGCGCAAACUAUUCGGAGUACUGUAGGCAAGUGUGUUUCCGUCCAUUGAAAAAAUACCAGGAUGUAAUAUUACAGUCUAACGUUUUAGGUACAUACAAAGCACAGAUGAAGAUGAAUUGUGUGAAUGAACAUGAUGAAGGGGCAUCACUUCGAAAAUGCUGGUGGUUUUGCCUCAGUGGCUUUGCUUUUUUUUGUUAUACAUUCUAGUUUAUCAGAGAUCAUCGUGUUUUUACUACACUUUGUUAGUUGCAUGGGUUUAUUAAGUCUGUUUGCUUUGGCGCACAGAUUAAAAAUAGCUUUCUUUGUUGCUUUAGUUCUCACCUGGCAAGUCAACUCAUUGCAGGCAGGAGCAGAUGCAGUUGAGGUAAACCCAUUUUGUUUGCAUUUAGGUUUCAAAGAUGCAAAUAUAGAAGCUAGUAAGUGAGCACCAUGAGCAGUACAUAGUAAUAGUAGUAGUUAUAAAGGGCGUGUAUACAAUUUCUGAAAGAGCCAGAUGGAGAAACUGCUGUGAGUAAACUGAGGAAGUGAAAGGUAGCACAUACUUUCCAUAUGAAGGGAAGAUGCCAAUAAACCCUAUUAAAUGGUAAAUAUGAGGCUCCCCAAAACAUUACGUUUGCAGGUUGCCAAAUGAUAGUGUGCCUUUCUGACUUAAGAAUGCAAUGAAAUACAUAACCAGGUGCUUUGUAACUGGAGCAGUGACUUUGGUUUAAUUCCAAUGCAGUAGUUUUGUGUACACCUGCACCUAAGUAUCUUUCUCAAAAGUUGUAGUUUGUAAACUUAAGUAAAGGUCAGGGGGGUGGUAGAAGAGGGUUCAUAGAAAUGCCCGGUGUUUGAUUCCAAAAAAAAGUUUGUAGAAUACAUGAUUGUCUUUGAGUAAAUCUGCAACUUGAAGCUACUCUGAAAGUAAAACAUGGUGUGUUUUUUUUACAAUGGUCCUUCCAAGGACCAAACAGCUUAUUAAUGUAAUAUAAAGUUCUAAGGAGAGCUAAAAGCAGUAAACAUCCACAGCACCUUUGAAAGAGGCAGUGCAUGAGACAUGAGAUCUAGAUUAGGAGGUUGACUUUGUAUAAUUAGCAGUCAUGCUGUGUAUAUCACAGUGUACAACUAAUUUCCAGGUCUGGGGGAUAGUUGUCAUAUGAAUUACUAGCAUAUAUCUUGGGUUCUUCCUCAGACCUCUUGUUGUUAAAUUUCUCCAUCAACUACUGUUUAAAUGAUCCUGUAUUGUGUAAUUUCACAUUUGCCUAGGAAAAUCUUUGGUGUAUUGUUGCAGGAAGAGAGAGGUUUGAAUUAGAUGUAUUUUGUUCAGUUUUCAAACUGCUGUGUAGGCUUCUGGCAGUACGUAUGUACUAGUGUCAUUUUUCAUGUAGGAGCAUAAGGAAAAGAGAAUGGUCUUUGUUCUUAAACAUUUUUCAAAGUUUCUUCUCUGCCUUCUUUUGAUGAAAAGCUUUUGGAUGUGCUUCUGUUAAACAGACGUGCAAUUUUAAAUGCACAGUUCAUACAAAAUGACAGUCUGGUUUAAAACCCCAUUUUAGUUUCCUUUUACAAAUCAGGGUGUAAUGUUUUUAAUGUUUUACUUAAAAGUUCAAGAAAUAUCUGGAAUACUUUUCCAUUCCCAACCUCUGCACUAAAAGAACUCUUAAGAAAAUAACAUCUUCCCUACUUAAAAACAACACCCCCCCCCCCCCCCCCGCGCGCCCAUUUGUAAUUUUAUUAAAGGGAGUAGGCAGGUGGAAAUAUCAGUGGACUUUUAAACUACCUAUGCAUUAGGUUUAUAUUGUCAAAGCAGCAGUAUAUUCAGCCCAUCCUAACUCAGUCACAACCUACAUAAUACUGUCCAGUCAUUUUGUUUGGCUACGUACAUCAGCUGUAGUUUAGAAUAAUCCUGUGUGACUUAUUUCUGAAUUAGUAAAAUACAAAGCAGAGGAACGUAUACCAUAUUCGUUUGGGUUUUUAAAUAAUGGUUGGUUUUGUUUUGACAACUGUCAUUCUGUGUUGCAUCUGUGUGUUCACUCUGUUUGAACCCAGUUUAUUUGUUUUCUGUGUUUGGGAAUACAGUAGAACAUGAGGACAUGACAAGCAGUGAAGCUCACCAUCUGUGGGUGCAGAUGAUGAGGCUUGAGGGGCAAAAUGGACCAAACGUGGGUGGUGGGUUAUUCUGGGAUGGUGGGGGGUUGUGAGGUUGGGGGCAUAAUUUAAAUAACUUUGUCUAAAUCUAAAAAAGUAUAUAAGUGCAAUAAAUGUGCUUUUUAUUCAAAGCUGUGAACCGUUUAAACAAGACAUGCACAUUGUUCCUUCCUGAGCCUUGUGUUCCACCCUACCCCCUUUCUCCUCACAUGACUAAAACUUGGCAGUGGCCAACUUGCAUGUCUUGCCUUAUGUCUGCCUGAUUUAAUUUGUGCUUAUCUAAAUUUAUGUAUAUUUGUAAGACCUAAAGAAAGUCUUGCAUUUUAGAAAGCUUGUCUAACUUUAUCCCAACCACAUAGUUGGUUCAAUAAAAGAUACCAGCUUAAAAAGUCCUUGCCUAUCUAAAUAUGUCAUUUAAAAAACAAUAAAAUCUCUCUCAGCAGGACUUUAGAGGCAAAACCUGCCCCUCCUUCUGUAAUCCUGGGAACUGUUGGAGCAGACUCCAAAAAAAACCCCUGGUAAUGAGCAAGAGAGGUAGGGGAGUCUGUUGCAUGGGUUCUCCUAUAGUACAGAGCUACUCCAGCCAUUGGGCUAAAACAGCUGAACUAGGAUGGUAAGAUUCCUCCUCCUACCUUCCUAUUCAUAUAAUUGGCACUCUGUCUAGCUCUGGGCUCCUAUAUGGAGCAGAGGGGUCCCCUUCCCUGCCCCCCAUAAAAAACUGAGGAUUGUUAUCAGCUUCCUGCUGGGUCCUCUGUUCCUUGGGUCAAAACGCACAUGCAGGCUGGCCACUGCUUUCUUGUAGUCCUCCAUCUCAUUUUGAAGGAAUUUAGGUAUAAGUGUUUGUAAUCUUUUGUGCGUUUAGUUGCAGUCUGUCCUUUCCUCACUCAAGCAUGCUGCUUUUCCUAGGUUAGGAAAGGUGCAAAGUCUUUUAUCCACAAGGGAUUCAGAAUCAAUGUUUCAUUAAGUUUGUGGAAGUGUAGCAUGCAGUAAUUGGACCCCCUGGGGAAAAGUAAGAUGGCUGGCUUGCUUAAACACAGCAGAGGAGGAGAUGGCAUUAUCUCAUAAUAUACAGGCUUGUUUGAGGAACAGAGUAUUCUAGUCAAGAGUGGAAAGGGAAAAUUUCUAUAGUUUGUAUUUCUUUUUACAUAGUGCAAUGAAAUGUAUAUUCCCCAAUUUAAACUCUGUGCUAACACAACAUUCCUUUAAGCUGUAUUUUCUUUCUUUUUUUUUACCACCAGAGGUUUGUGAGGGUCUCACUAGUCUGCUUUGUCUAAGGUCUAGUAUGGUUACUUAAGAAAACAAUUGUGUUUAGUAGAUUUCCAUAGCUGCUUUUGAAAAACUACAAUGGAGUAAUUGUUUUAAAAAUUGUAUUUAUUUUUUAACUCAUAAGAAAAUGUUUAUUUUCAGAUUUCUGUUACAUGGAUCAUGGCAACUCCCUUCUUUCCCUCCCCAGCAUCCACAGUAAUUGCCAAUACAAAUGAUUUUUCUCGCUUAUUUCCCUCUCCUUUACACACUUUUUUUUUUUUUUUUUUUUUACCCCUUCCUGCUCUAGUCCCUUCAUUUGUACUUUGGAGUCUUUUCUCAUGUAAAUUUGUACAAUGGGAAAUAUUGUCCAGUUUGGUUAGAGAGCAUGGAGACUUAAAGAAAACAUAUUAAAAAAUUUGAUAGCUGAAAUUCAGAUUGAAGAAAACUAUUUCUGUGUAAAGUUAUUUAAAAAAAACCUCUGUAUUAUAUAAAAAGGCAAAAAGUUCUAUGUACUUGAUGUGAAUAUGAGAAUACUGCUAUAAUAAAGAUUGACUGCAUGGAGAA